ACGCCAUGGCGACGUCAGCUGCUGCUCACGCCAAUCCCAGAAAAUGCCGGGCGGGGAUCUCAGCAACGCGCUCGUUCAUCGCAGUUUUUGUCGUUUUGUUUGUCUAUUUUGGCGCCAUGUGCUGCGACGCGGAUACUCCCGCCAACAGGAAGAAAAAGAAGACGGGUAUUUCCUACGUCGUCUUAGAGAACCCGAAGUCUUGCGCCGUGAGAGUCAAGAGAGGGGGCGACAGGGUGCUGAUUCACUACAAGGCGAUGCUUCCCGACGGACACGUGUUCCAGACCACGUACAAAGUAGGUAGAACCCUAGAGGUUGUCACUGCCAGCAAGGGGCUAGCGAUUGAUGACGUGCAAGCUUUCCCAGACCAUCAGGAGGCUAAGUAUCCAAGGGUUAUGGUAGACCAGCCGCACCCCUGGAAGCCCGCCAUAAUUGGAAUGUGCGUUGGCGAAAUUAGGCGCGUAACUGUUGCGCGCCGAGUCUUUGUGUCGUCGGGCAUACCUUUUCCCGCCGAGGACGACUCCGCUGCUGCGUACGUGGACUACGACGUUGAGGUCAUUGCCGUCAACGGUGUCCACGAGGACCAGCUAGCUGAGGACGAAUUGCAACCGUCCGAUUCCGCCCCCGCCCCCGCCAUUUCCCAGGACCCACAAAAAAAUGCGACCGUUCCCGCCGCCGCCGACGAGCAGCGGGGAAUCCUGUCCCCCCGCCAGCAGGGGACGGAGUCGCCGCCGGCAAAACGCCAAGGGCAAGGCUACGUCGAUGACGUCGAUCGGGAUGGCAAUGGCGCGGGGAAGAAGAUCGACGAAGAUCCAGAUCGCGAUCGACGGUAUCUGCUAGGAAGCGCGAAGCCGUCCGCCGGGAAAGUGGUCGGCGGCUUUGCCCCCAAAGCGGACCGCUGUGACUCAUGCAGAGCCACGGUUGAAGAGUUCUACCACGCUUGGAUGAGGGUGACAUAUAAGGGCGUGCGAGAAAGAUCGGACUUGGCACAGGCGUCAGGAGGGCACAGGCCUAGCAUGACGUAUGACGAACAGACGGAGGAUAUGGUCCAGCACCUUUGUGAACGAAGCGAUCACAUACGAAAGCUCUCAAAGAGGAUUGGAGACGGAUGCAACCGGCUUAUGAAGCGCUGGAAGAGGCUCCUGUGUUCUUCACAGGUGGUGGCAGCCAACGGUCUGUGGGAUUUACUCGUGAUGUGAGUUGGUGAUGUGCCUCUUCACGCUGUGUUGGAUGUU